CGAAACGGCCACCACAUUGCAUCAAGUGCGUGUGUUCCUGGAUGGCGGAUGGCGAAGCAGCGGCGGCGGCACCAUUGUCGAUGCUGCGGACGUCCUCGUCAUCGUCUUUCGACAACCUAGGACUUGGAUCUCAACCCGCUCCUCUGACGCCUCGCGUCAUCGCGCGUUCGUCCGUCGGUACAGCUUUCUAUCUUUACAAGCACCAAGUCGGUGGCCACAAACCACUGCUGCGAAGUGCCCCCGGAGAAGUAUGCAAACCUGCUCUCCCCCACGAACUACAGUUUUACCAAGGUUUGGAGUCAACGUACCCUCAGCUCAUUCCAUUCGUUCCUGCAUACCUCGGCACGAUCGUUGUCGAUCUACACCCAAGCAGUGGCGAUGACGCUGCAGAUCGCACAACUUCCGACAUUGCCUCAUCCUCUACAGCCUCCAAGUCGGCGUCGCGGCGGCCGAGUCGGUCGUUGGAACACCGAAGCAUCAGUUUGAUCUUGUGGAACAAGGAACUCGUUCGAGACCACGCGUCCUUUCUUUGUGAAUACAUUGUUCUUGGCGAUCUGACUCAAGGCUACAUGCGACCAUGCGUCCUUGACAUCAAGAUGGGCACUCGCCAACACGGAGCCGACGCACCGCCAGAGAAGGCCCGAAGUCACGCACUAAAAUGUGCUACGACGACGUCGGCGACGUUGGGGUUUCGUUUGUGCGGGAUGCAGAUCUACAACCAAGCAGAAGGACGAUAUGUAUUGCGCGACAAGCAUUGGGGACGCCUUCUUCAACCCGCAGAUAUUCUCCCCGCCCUUCGCUUUUUCCUAUCAGCGGGUGAUGUGCUUCGAAUAAAUGCCGUGGUGCAGUUGGCAGCGCGCCUUCGAGACCUUCAGGCAGUUAUUCAGCACACAAGCGGCAUACGUUUCUGGGGCGCAUCGUUGUUGCUCGUGUACGAAGGCGACAUCACCUCGAGCACGUCAGUGGCGCGGACAGACGCGCGCCUGAUUGACUUCGCCAACAGCCACCAUGACCCGUCCCUCUCCACACCAGACCAUGGCCUAUUGCUCGGUCUGGACAACCUCAUCGCCCACCUAGAUCAAAUGAAUGUAGCGGCGUCCGUCGACGCUGAGACAUGAGACUUCCUAGUGUGAGGGGCUUGAUGAUAUUUGAAUUGUGUGACGAUAGUUUUCGCAGGAAUUAAUCCGGUUAUAGUAUCCGGACGCACGAG